CACAUAGAACUGAGUUCCCCAUAAAAAUAAAUUAUUACCGUAAGUAUACAUGUCACACAUCUCACAUCCCACAGUUCCUGUCGGCGGCUCAUCCCCUAAAAUAUACUACUCCAUAAAACUAUUUAAUCAUAGAUUCACUUCUUUAUAAAGCCUGCAUUUAUAAUUAUUAUAUUGAAAGAGAGAUUGGGUUGGGAAAGAAAUGAAGUUGAACUUAAAAACAUGGAGUAAUUUCUUGCGCAAGAACAAUCACUUUGUGGUUAAAUUAGCUGUUGCUUUUCUCUUCGUGGGUGUUGCUUUCAGGCUUAUCUCACCUCGAUCCACUCAAUAUCUUGAUGUUCCAGAAACCCCUUUUGUUGAGAGGUCUGAAACUCAAGGGUCUGUGAAUGUGCCUGAGAUUAUUGAGCAAUUUUACCAUGAAGGAAGCUGUAAUCUUAUGGUUGGGAAUUGGAUUCGGAACCCGGAGGGUCCAAGAUACACAAAUGAGAGUUGCCAGUUUAUUGAAAGUCAUCAAAAUUGUAUGAAGAAUGGGAGGCCUGAUACAGAGUAUCUUUACUGGAGGUGGAAGCCAAAGGAUUGUGAGUUGCCCCAAUUCGAUGCCAAAAAGUUUCUUGAAAUGAUGAGGAAUAAAGCCUGGGCACUAAUCGGUGAUUCAAUAUCGCGAAAUCAUGUUCAGUCGUUGCUUUGUAUUCUGUCAAAGGUCGAACAACCUCUUCAUGUUUACCAUGAUCCAGAUUACAAAAACAGAAGAUGGCUCUUUUCCUCUUACAACUUUAGUCUCUCACUUAUGUGGUCACCUUUUCUUGCUGAAGCUAAGAUUUUUGAAGAUUACAAUGGUGUUUCAACAUCAGAAAUUGAGCUGCAACUUGACAAACUUGAUUCACAUUGGACUAGUGUGUACGAUAAUUUGGACUAUAUAGUAUUUUCAUCAGGAAAAUGGUUUGUCAAAAGUGCAAUAUACUAUGAAAAUGACACAAUACAGGGCUGCCAUUACUGUCCUCAAAGGAACCUAACGGAGCUGGGUAUUCGUUAUGCUUAUCGCAAAGUAAUCAGUAACGUCUUUGACUAUGUCAUCAAGUCUAAUCACAAAGGCAUGAUCUUUUAUAGGAAUCCAACACCAGAUCACUUUGAGAAUGGUGAAUGGUUCAGUGGCGGGAACUGCCAAAGAACAAAACCAGCUGAGGAAGGCGAGUUCCAGUACAAUGUGUUGAACAAACUUCUUCGUGAAGUUGAAUUAGACGAAUUUGCAAAGGCUGAAAUCAGGGCUUCUAAAGCUGGAGUGAAGCUUAAACUUCUUGAUGUGACUCCUCUUUCAUUACUGAGGCCUGAUGGACACCCUGGUCCAUACAGACACUUUCACCCAUUCGCAAAGGAUAAUAAAGAAAAAAUUGUUAACGACUGCUUGCAUUGGUGUUUGCCCGGGCCUAUAGAUGCAUGGAACGAUGUAUUAAUGGAGAUGAUUGUAAAAGGCUGAGUAGAUGAGGCAGAUAAUGACAGACCUGCCUUCAUCACCAUGUGAAUACCAGAGAUUCAGUUCAUAGAAUGAGGUUCUUUGUUCUAAACUUGUUUUCGACUAGUUGAGUAUAUGAAAUUUGUCUGUACUUGGUUGUCAACCUACCUUGUUGUUUAUUACAAUACAUUUCGAGUUCAAUGAUGAGGUAGCCUUUCUGUUUUAA